ACUGAAAUUUGUGCCUCUGAACUCUGAAAGGUAAAUGUGGAAUAGUGAGUACAUAUUCAAGUUCAGCUGGUGUGUGUGCAGCUUACCAGUGAAAACUAAUCUCCAAUUAUGGUCCUUUUAAUGUUCGAUAAAUUAAUUUCAUUGUUUUUUUAUUGUACAAUUUGGAAUUUACUGUUCGUGAAGAAAAAUAGGACCAUCUAUAUUUUGUUGCAGAUGUGAUGAGGCGCAUAAAUGUGCUGAAAGAGGAGGCUACAAGAAUUGCCGAAAAUAUCACACUUAGUCACAAUGAGAAGAGCAAGAUAAAUUCUGCUCGUUAUUCAGCAAUGAUGGCUCCAUUAGUUGUGGCUUUGGAACGUUGUUUAGCUUCAACUUUCUCGAAAUCCUGAGACUCCUCAUGAAGCUUGGUUCCAAGGAGAGUAUAAAGACCAACUGAAAUCAGCUAUUUUAUCCUUCAAGACUCCUCCACCAUCUUCUUCAGCUCUAUGGGAUGUAUGGCGGCCUUUUGAUGGUAUUGCUGCAUCCUUGGCUUCUUACCAGAGGAAAUCAUCAAUUUCCUUACAAGAAGUUGCACCGCGCUUGGCUCUGUUAUCAUCUUCAGAUGUUCCGAUGCCAGGUUUUGAGAAACAAAUGAAAGUACCUGAUUCUGGCAAAGCAAGUGAUCUUCAAGGGGUUGUCACUAUUGCCCCUUUCCACGAACAAAUCACUAUCUUAUCAACAAAGACUAAGCCUAAGAAACUGGGUAUACUUGGCUCAGAUGGUCAUGUACAAACCACUUAUGCUUGAUGAGUAUUGUAAUGCACAUGAAACUGCUUGAGCAGCAAAGUCAACAGCUUCUUUCAUGAUUCUGGUUUUGAGAAACAAAUGAAAGUACCUGAUUCUGGCAAAGCAAGUGAUCUUCAAGGGGUUGUCACUAUUGCCUCUUUCCACGAACAAAUCACUAUCUUAUCAACAAAGACUAAGCCUAAGAAACUGGGUAUACUUGGUUCAGAUGGUCACGUACAAACCACUUAUGCUUGAUGAGUAUUGUAAUGCACAUGAAACUGCUUGAGCAGCAAAGUCAACAGCUUCUUUCAUGAAAAGACAAGUGAAUGAGUUGAAAGAAGCUCUUCGAAAAACUACCCUCAAGGUCGUUCAGAUGGAAUGGAUGCUUGAUGUUUGUUUGAACCCAUCAUAUAACAGAGGAAUCAAAUAUGAGAAGUAUCUUGAUACCGAUGACAGCUUGUAUCCAAUCAUUUUAAACCUCAGCAGAUCUAAAUUAUUGGAAAAUAUACAAUCUGCCAUUUCAAAAAUCACGUCGUCAUUAGAUAGCCUUCAGUCUUGUGAACAAACUUCUCUUAUAGCUGAAGGACAGCUUGAGAGAGCAAUGGGCUGGGCUUGUGGGGUUCCAAGUUCAAAUAGUUCUGGAAAUACUUCAACUAAAAGUUCAGGAAUUCCUCCGGAGUUCCAUGAACAUAUUAAGAAACGGAGGCAGAUUUUAUGGGAAUCUAGAGAAAAAGCAUCAGACAUGGUGAAGUUAUGUAUGUCAGUAUUAGAAUUUGAAGCAUCAAGAGAUGGGUAUUUGCUUAUACCAGGGCAACCAUAUCCCUUUAGGAGUAGUGUUGAUGGAAAUACAUGGCAGCAAGUGUACUUGAAUUCACUAACAAGAUUGGAUGUUACUUUCCAUUCUUAUACGCGUACUGAACAAGAGUGGAAGCUUGCACAAUGCACUGUUGAAGCUGCUUCCAAUGGCUUAUAUACUGCAACCAAUGAACUCUGCAUUGCCUCUCUGAAAGCAAAGUCAGCUUCUGGUGAUUUACGAAGCACAGUUCUUUCAAUGAGGGAUUGUGCAUAUGAGGCUAGUGUCGCAUUGUCUGCUUUUGCUCGGGUUUCAAGGAUACUUACUGCUUUAUCUUCUGAAUGUGGUUCUAUGCUUGAAGAGGUGCAGUCUUUAAAGUUUUUGAUGUUGUCUUGUAUUACUGUGGAUUAUAAUUUUGAACUAAUUUUCCGCUUAGUGUAUAGAAUUCAAUGUCUUUUGAUGUCCAAUCCAUGUAUUGUUUAGAUAUGGUGGGACAAACAAUACUAGACUUUUAGGGGAGCUAGAAGAGGAGAGGGAGAAAGCACUAUCAAUACUAAAUGUUGCUUUAAGUUCAUUACACAAUGAGGUUAAGCAUAGAUUACUUCAUAUAUAUAGUGAUUUGUCAGGCAGAAGAAAUCAAUACAGCAGGUUGCAGAAUGAUUCUGGAACUAUUGUUGCUGAGUUUGAAGAACAAGUAGAAAAAUGUAAUCACCUGACAGAGUUUGUCAAUGAUCUACGGCAUUUAUUGGAAAGGACACCCUUUCUGUUGUGAUAUAAACAAAGAUAAUUCAAAGUUUUCUUCUGAA